AUGGCAAGAAGGGAUUCUAAUAUCAUCGAAAUAAAGCUUGAAAGAAUUGGCAAAAAACGUUUUGAUUCUGAGCUUAAUGGUGAAUUAAAAUCACUUCCUGGUCACCCAGUCUCUAUAAGUUCUCAAUGGCCGAUCCCAAAUGAGCUUUCCACACCUGAUUACCAGAUUUCACCAUCAUUUGGGAAAAUGUAUGUCGGCGAAAGUUUUACUUGCUGCCUCAGAAUUUCUAAUAUUUCACAAGGAGUUACUUUAGAAAGGGUGAUUAUUGCUUGCCAAUUAAAAUACACAAACGUAAAAAAUAUCCCUAUGCUUUUUCAGACUGAAAUCCAAAAGCUUCAAGCUGACCAAACCAAAAGAUUUGCAUUUUCUUUACAAGUUGACCGUCCUGAUACAUAUUAUCUUAGCUUUGCAAUCACUUUUAACUUGAAAGACCUUCCAGAGCCAAUAAAUGUUGGAAAAUUAUUCAAAUUUGAAGCAAAAAACCCACUAGAGAUGUCAAAUACAAUUUUUAAAGCAGAAAAUGGGUUUAUUGUGCAAUGCAGGGUUUCCAAUACGACUAUUUAUCCAAUGCAUUUAAACUCAGUGGAAUUACUAUCUAAUAAGCAAUUGUUUACUGUAAUUCCUCUCCAUGAGCAACCUAAAGCAGACAUGUUUAAUUGUGGGGAAAUCAGAAGCUAUCUGUAUCAUUUAGUUGAAUCUGUUCAAUUAUCAUCAUUUGUAGACUUAGGAGUUUUAUCAAUUACAUGGCACAACACAACAGGUGAUUUUGGGCAUCUUGAAUCUCAGCCUCUAACAUACACAUUCAAAAUGGAUAAAAUUUUAAAGCUGGCGAUUGAUAAUAAGCCAAAAAAUUUUGAAUUGGAAAUGCCUGUGCAAGUGAAUUUAAUCAUUUCUAACAUAUCAUCAACUUUUAUGCUAGAUAAUGCCAGAAUUGAACUGCAAGAUUCUUUAAUGAAAAAUGUUGACUUAUAUUCAAUGUCGUCCACGGCACUUGGCAAAAUUUUGCCGCUUGAAUCCAAAAGUGUAACUAUGGCUUUAUUCCCAAAAGUGCCAGGUAUACAAAUAUUAGAAGGAAUUAAAAUUUACAGUGGCACAAAUACGUGUGAAUUUGAACCGUGCCAAAUUUAUGUCAAACCUUAA